AUGAGACCAGUGUUUAAUUGCUCCAAAUUUUCAGAUCAUGAGAAGACCGUUGAACUUUUCAAGUGCAUCCGGUCAAUGGAUCCCCUCAGGAUAGAGCAGAUGAACCUGUACUCUGAUUCCUUAUAUAUUCGUGUAUGGACUUUAGGUGAUCGCGUGCAACUCUGUGAUCUCGCUCAUUCAUUUUUCGAAACACACAAGUAUUGCUUUGAAACAUGUUGUAUCGUAGGUAAUUAUUAUGGUCUUCGACGCGAAAACGAACAAGCGAUUCGGUUUUUCCAGCGCGCUCUUCGAUUGAAUCCUGGUGUUGCGUCAAUUUGGGUCCUAGUAGGUCAUGAAUUCAUGGAGCUGAAGAACAAUGCCGCAGCUUGUAUGUCGUACAGAAGGGCCAUCGAGGUAGAUCCACAGGAUUACCGUGGCUGGUACGGUCUUGGUCAGAUGUAUGAUAUUAUUAAAAUGCCUACUUACUCAUUGUUCUACUACCAACAGGCUCAUUUGUGCAAACCUCAAGACUCCCGCAUGCUGGUCGCACUCGGGGAUGUGUACCAGAAAAUGGGUCGACUGCGUAACGCCGAGAAGUGCUUCAUCUCAGCUUUCAAAUACGGUGAUGUGGAAGGCACGGCGCUUUGGAUGCUAGCCAAGUUGGUACAUCAUUUAAAAAAAACAAUUAGUCUAAAACUGAAGACUCAAGAGAAUGAGCUGUAUUUGGAAAUAUGGCGUUAUUCGCCGUUCACAGUGAGCAGCGAUUGUUUGCUAGUUGUGUAG